GUCAUCGAAAAGGAGAGACCUGCGCAGCCUUCUAGCGGUACGCGCCCUUUAAAAAGGCCCGCCUCUCCUCCGUCCAUCCGCUCCUCACCCCAUCUCUUACUCCUUCAUUCUUUGGUUCGACACCGACCGUGCCAUCCACUCCCUGAUCAUGCGUUUCCUCCGUUCUCUUCUGCUCUGUUCCGGCCUCAUCGCCGCCGCCUCCUCGCGUGUUCUCAAGUCUCGCCAGAGCACCACCGUCAGCACCUGGGUUACCGCCGAAGAGCCCCUCGCCAGAGCCGCCCUCUUCAGGAACAUCGGCAGCAAGGGCGAGUUCGCCAAGAAUGUCGAUGCUGGAGCCGUCAUUGCGUCUCCUAGCACCUCCAGCCCGGACUACUUCUACCAAUGGACCCGCGACUCCUCCAUGGUCUUCAAGGUUCUCCUGAACUCUUACAUCAACGGCAACUCAUCGCUCAACACCCUCCUUCGCGAAUUCGCCACCGAGUCGGACAAGCUGCAGCGCACAUCGAAUCCCUCUGGCGGCUACCAGGGCGCGGGUAUCGGCGAGCCCAAGUUCCUCGUCAACGGAACCCCUUUCACCGGAUCAUGGGGACGCCCCCAGAACGAUGGCCCUGCAAUCCGUGCCACCGUCCUGAUCAAGUUCGCCAACAUGCUGCUGGAUGCUGGCGAGACUUCGUACGUUACGAGCUUGCUCUACGACAGCCUAUAUCCUAGCAACUCGGUUAUCAAGAACGAUCUGGAAUACGUCGCCAACUACUGGCAGGCCAACGGCUUCGACCUGUGGGAGGAGGUUGCCGGCCAGCACUUCUUCAACUACAUGGUUCAGCAGCGCGCUCUGGUCGAAGGUGCCGAGCUGGCCACGCGUCUCGGCGACACCGGCGCUGCCACCUGGUACACCACGCAGGCCACCGCCAUCAAAGCCGCUCUCCCCAACUUCUGGAGCUCCAGCAAGGGCUACCUCCUGUCCACGCUCAACACCGGCCGCGACGGUCUCGACUGCGGCACCCUUCUCGGCGCCCUCCACGGCAACGGAGCACGCGGCUUCGGCAUCUACCCCGCCAGCUCGGACGAGGUCCUCGUCACCCUGCAGAAGCUAGUCGACGUCAUGAACCCUCUGUACCCGAUCAACGCGCAAUCCGGCGCACCGGGCAUCGCCAUCGGGCGCUACAGCAGCGACGUAUACGACGGCGUAGGGACCUCCACCGCGCACCCCUGGUUCAUCUGCACAUUCACGGUUGCCGAAGUGCUAUACACAGCGAUCAACCAGUUCGCCGCGCGCGGCAGCAUCAUCGUCUCCUCGCGCUCCCUCAGCUUCUACCAGAAAUUCUAUUCUUCCGCCACCGCGACUACCUACGCCGCCGGCUCCACCGCGUACGCAAACAUCGUCACCGGAAUGAAGAACUACGCAGACACCUUCAUCGCCACCGGCCAGGCUCACGCCGCCACUAACGGCAGUCUGAGUGAGCAGUUUGGAAGGUCUGAUGGCCUGCAGAAGGGUGCCAGGGACCUCACCUGGAGCUAUGCCAGUUUCUUGACGACGAAGUGGGCGAGGGAUGGGGCCACCGCGUACUAAGUACGCCAGCGCUGGAGGAAUCGGCGGUGUGAGUGUCACGCGUACUGCGAGGUUAUGGCGUAACCGCGGAAAUGGAAAAAGUUGUUUUUUUGGCUGCCCAAAUCCAUGAACAUUGAAG